AUGGUGCCAAACGCAAGGAAAUGGCCCUCCAGAGAAGGCUUCACAGCUGAUGUACUGGGCAAAUUGAUCUCCCGGAGUCUUCUAGACCCCUGGAAGUUACUCCCAAUUAUUGCUCUGGCCCAAUACACAGUCCAGGGCCGUGAUAUUGCCAAAGCGCGCCCAAAUCUCGACAAGGCCCUCAAAGCUCUAACAGCCCUAGGCCUCAUCAACCUGCUAGGCAACUGGCUGGACAAUCGCACGCUAAACAACAGCGUCAGGGAUACAUAUGACUGGCACCGCGAAGUCGUAAUCCUAACAGGCGGCAGCAACGGUAUCGGUCGACGCAUCGCCGAGCUGCUCGGGGCACGCGAUAUCAAAGUGGCCAUCCUGGACAUUGCCCCGCCAGCGACCGAUGACGUGCUACCAAACAGCGUGCGGUAUUACGAAUGCGACAUAACCUCUGCGACGAACAUCGCAGAGGUAGCAUCCAAAGUCCGCAGCUCAUUCGGCCGACCCAGCAUCCUAAUCAACAACGCUGGCAUCUGCACUGGCAAAACAAUCCUCAAAACAACCCCAGCGCAGACACGCCGCAUGUUCGAGGUCAACACGCUCGCGCACUACUGGCUCGCGCAGGAGUUCCUGCCCGAUAUGAUCGAGGCAAACCAUGGUAUGGUUGUUACUGUUGCUUCGCUGGCUGGAUACAUCGUUACGCCUAAUAUGGUCGAUUACUCGGCGACCAAGGCUGCGGCUAUUGCGUUCCAUGAGGGACUUGCGACUGAGCUGGUUACGCGAUACCAUGCGCCUAAAGUUCGCACUGUGCUUGUUACCCAGGGCUUUACUAGGACCAAUCUUAUUAGGGAUUUGACACCUGAGGAUACUUGGUUGAAUCCCCUGCUUCAUCCUGAGACUGUUGCUGAGGAGCUGGUUAAGCAGGUGCUCAAGGCUGAGAGUGGGCAUGUUGUUGUUCCUGGGUCUGCUGGGUGGAUUGCAAAGAGAUUUAGGGGGUUGCCUGGGUGGUUACAGCAUUCGUUGAGGUGUAGGUUGGAGAAGUUGAUGAGGGCUGAUUAG